GGAGAAGCGGCGGUGGUAGUAGGAGGAGGAGGAGGAUGAGCGAGGAGAGGCCGGUGCCGAGGCGGGAGAGCCCGUGGGGCUUGCCGGAGGGAGACAAGCGGCAGCCCAAGGCGCACCGCUGCAACGACCGCGUCGAGGAUGUCGUCCAGGCUGCCUUUGAAGGGAAUCCGUUCAAGACAGUCCCGGGUCCAUUCAAGGUCUUUUGGCAAUGCAUGCGCUCAAAACCUGGGGAGGAACCAACUGAACCUUUUACUUACCUGCAACUGGAUCCUCCAAAAAGGGUGGAAGCCAAGCUAGAGUAAACAGCACCUUGAUCCUUCUCAAGCAUGUGAGGUUUGGUUUCAUAGCGAAAUGUGCCAACGCCUUUGAUAGAUCACUUAGUCUCAGAGUUCAUGUUGAACACGGUGUCUUAUGUUUGGAUAUAUUUAUUUAUUCAUCAAUAAUAAUACCACAAACGUGAUGCAGAAAAAACGCCCUGCUAGGCGAUUUGUGUUUGUUUGAAUUGUGUUCGAAAUGGGCUUUGUACUUUCAUCUUGGUUGUAUGAAGCACAGUCACGCAUGGUGUUGUAUAUGAUUUCAUGGA